AUGUCUCUUACAGAAAUCAAACCGUAUCCUGCCACUGUUCAGGUGAACUGUAUUGACUCAACGUUUCCAGCAGAAGCAGUGUUUCAGAGCGAGGCGAAGAAGCUGCAGCAAGUGCAGUUUAAGCCAGGAGAACAAGUGACUUUUGAGCCGAGUGUCAUUAGAGGCCGUGGAAGAAUGGAGGGAGGGAACAAAGUGAUAGUAACUCCUCACAGGCACGCAGGAGUGUUCAUGAUUGCUAAGGGUAGAGAUUGUACUAUUCUCACUAAGAACUUGGUCCCUGGAAAAGCCGUUUACAACGAGGAGAGACUCUCUGUGCAGAACGAAUAUGGAACUGAGGUUGAAUACAGAGUUUGGGACCCUUUCCGCUCUGAUUUAGCUGCUGCAGUUAUUGGUGGUGCUGACAACAUUUGGAUCAAACCUGGUGCUAAAGUUCUUUACCUUGGUGCUGCGUCUGGAACCACUGUCUCUCAUGUUUCUGAUAUCGCUGGACCUGAGGGAUGUGUUUAUGCUGUCGAGAUUUCUGAGAAAAGUGGAAGAGAGUUGGUGAACAUGGCAAAGACGAGACCUUAUGUGACUCCAAUCUUUGAAGAUGCUCGAAAUCCUGCUAAAUACAAAAUGCUUGUGAGCAUGGUUGAUGUCAUAUGCGCUGAUCUUGCUCAGCCAGAUGAGGCUAUGAUAUUAGCUCACAAUCCAUCUUUCUUCCUCAAAAUGGGAGGUCACUUUUCUCUUUCUGGAACGAAAGCUGAUUGUGUGGGUGAGACCACCUUCUCCAGCCACGGCUUCAAACGUGAAACUAGAACCCUGGAUAUGACUUUGUACACGACCGUACACAGACUAAUCGGUCUCAGAUCAACCAUUCUCACUGGAUUUAUCACCUUCGGGACCAAACAUAGCUGA